AUGCAACGUGCAAGAACCUCGCAGGGUGCCACCGUGUCUCUCUCGGAGACUGUGCAGAGAUGGCGGGAAUACCAGCAUGAGUGCCAACGCUUUCUGAAGGAGGCCCCGUCUCCGGCCACAGGCCUGUUCUGCAACCGGACCUUUGACGACUAUGCCUGCUGGCCAGAUGGACUACCCAGCUCCUUCGUGAAUGUCAGCUGCCCCUGGUACCUGCCCUGGGCCAGCAGUGCUACCCACUACUUGGAAGGGGCGCCUUGCACUCCCGGCAGUUUCCAGGACUCGCUGAUCAAACCAGGUGGGGUCAGGGCAUUGAAGCAGCUUCUGUCUCUGUACAUCGUCUACACGGUGGGCUACGCACUCUCCUUCUCCGCUCUGGUCAUAGCUUCGGCCAUCCUGCUAGGCUUCAGGCACCUGCACUGCACCCGGAACUACAUCCACCUGAACCUGUUUGCCUCCUUCAUCCUCCGCGCGCUGUCGGUCUUCAUCAAGGACGCAGCCCUGAAGUGGAUGUACAGCACAGCCGCCCAGCAGCACCAGUGGGACGGGCUCCUCUCCUACCAGGACUCUGUGAGCUGCCGCCUGGUAUUCCUGCUCAUGCAGUACUGCGUGGCGGCCAACUACUACUGGCUCCUGGUGGAGGGCGUGUACCUGUACACACUGCUGGCCCUUUCUGUCUUCUCCGAGCAGCAUGUCUUCAGGCUCUAUCUGAGCAUUGGCUGGGGUGUCCCCCUGCUGUUCGUUAUCCCCUGGGGCAUCAUCAAGUACCUCUAUGAGGAUGAAGGGUGCUGGACCAGGAACUCAAACAUGAACUACUGGCUCAUUAUCCGGCUGCCCAUUCUCUUUGCCAUUGGAGUGAACUUCUUCAUCUUUGUCCGAGUCAUCUGCAUCGUGGUGACCAAACUGAAGGCCAAUCUCAUGUGCAAGACAGACAUCAAGUGCAGACUGGCCAAGUCCACACUGACACUCAUCCCCCUGCUGGGGACCCACGAGGUCAUCUUUGCCUUCGUGAUGGACGAGCACGCCCGGGGGACGCUGCGCUUCAUCAAGCUCUUCACGGAACUCUCCUUCACCUCCUUCCAGGGGCUGAUGGUGGCCAUCCUGUACUGCUUUGUCAACAACGAGGUCCAGCUGGAGUUUCGGAAGAGCUGGGAGCGCUGGCGCCUGGAGCACUUGCACAUCCAGAGGGAUAGCAGCAUGAAGCCCCUCAAGUGUCCCACCCACAGCCUGAGCAGCGGGGCCACCGUGGGCAGCAGUGUGUACGCGGCCACCUGCCAGGCUUCCUGCAGCUGAGACUCCUGCGUCCACCCGCACAGGCCGCGCUCCAUGUGGGCUGGGCGGUCCCUCCAAGUGGAAGAGACCCUCUGGGGAAGAGGGGAA